UCAGUUGAAAUGUCUAUUUUUCAAGUUUUCCAUGUUUUUUGGUUCACUUUAAGCUGAUUUGACCCAUAUCAUUCUUUCACACCAUAUUUAUGUUCACUAAAGACAAAAUCUUGCGCACGAUUAUCACGAUUGACACAUUUGACUCCCAGCCUCAGAGCCUUUCUAAAACACCUCAUGAAUUAUUAUUCUAAAGCAGAGGUCAUUCAAAACUAUUUUGUUAACUUUUUGUGGGUCAAGAAAAUGCUUUUUUCAUAUAAAUAAAUCUAUACAUUUUAAAGGACCAAGUUAUGCUCAAAAAUUGUUCAAGUUGUUGGUUUUCAGGGAGUUAGCUGGUGUUAAUUGAACAUUUUUGUUGUGCAGGUGUUGCUCUUUGUCUCGGUGAGUUUAGUAAAUGAUUGUCUUUACCUCUGCAGCAUGAUAAAGGUCAGUUAGUUGGUUGAACUCCUGCAGGACAAAUCUCCUCUGCUGGUUCUCCACCUCCCUAUAAAAAUAAUUUGUUCUCGUAACUCCUUAAGACAAGAUGAACUUGGAGGAGUACUUCCAGAGGAUUCAUUUUCACGGCUCUCAUGACAAAGCAGAUCUUGCAACACUGAAGACGAUCCACAAGCUCCAUGUCAUGUCAAUCCCAUUUGAAAACCUCAGCAUUCACUGCGGUGAGAGGAUCUCCAUGGACCUGGAGCUCAUUUUCAACAAGCUGGUGAGGAGCAAACGUGGAGGCUGGUGCCUGGAGAGCAACUACUUGUUUGGGUGGGUGCUGCGGGAAAUGGGCUUCAACACCACGACUUUGGGUGCCAGCGUUUACAGCAGUACCCUCAAUGCUUUUUUCCCGGGAGAGAACCAUCUCAUCAACCUAGUUGUGGUUGAUGGGAAAGCUUACAUUACAGAUGUGAGCUUUGGAGUGUCAUCCCAAGUGUGGGAGCCGCUGGAGCUCAUCUCUGAGAAGGAUCAGCCUCAAGCUGCGGGUGUCUUCUGUCUGACUAACAACGGGGACACGUGGGUGCUGGAAAAGUCUUGUAGAAAACCGGUAGUGAUGAAUCCAGAUUUUGUCAAGUCCACCCUGAUAAACAGGAAAGAAAAAUAUGUGCUGUAUAAAUUCACUUUGGCGCCUCGUGAGGCAGAACAUUUUGGGGGUCAAAAUGAUUUUCUUCAAACAAACCCAUCCUCACUCUUCACCAACAAAUCCAUCUGCUCUUUGCAAACACCUACAGGGUUCAGAGCUCUGGUGGGAUGGACCUUCAGCGAGGUCACCUACAAACCAGAGGAAGGAGUUGACCUCAUAGACAUGAGGGACCUGCCUGAUGAUGAGAUAGAAACCGUUCUGAGGGAAAAGUUUAAUGUGUUUUUGACUAACGAACUAAAGCCUCAAAACCAAAAAGCCUGCUACACAAUCUGAGUCACAAUUCCUUUAAAAAAAAGAAACCAAAAGGUGUUUUGUGUUGAUUGCAUUACUGACCCAAUGCAGUUAAUAAUUUUUAUUGCAUGAAAAAGCUUUAAAUCUAUUAUAUUUUGAAAAUGUUGCACUCUAACAAAAUAAUAUUGUGAAAUCAUAUUUUUAUUAAAGUUUUUUUUCACUUUUUGUUUUUAAAUGUUGCAUUUCUUUCUUUUUCUACAAAUGUUCUGCUUUUUUCAAUUAAACUCUAUUGACCAAUUAAAAAUAACGAAUCCUAAAACAGCACAUGUUAGAACAAACAGCCUAAUUCUGGUUUUUAAAAAUGGAAAAACAAAAAGAAAAUUAGAAAAUAAAUUUGUAUCUAAAUAUGAAAGCAUUCAUUAUAAUAUUAGAUUUAAAAAAUAAGCAUAUUGUGAGUUUUCAGAGAACAUCAAAAAUAUUUUCCCAAAAAACAGGGUGAUAUGUAGUUCAUUUACUUGAUUGUGUAGACAUGCAGAAAUAAAUAAUACAUUUGCUGAAUAUUAAAACAAAAAAGCUUCCAACACCAUUUGAGUCACAAUUCCUUUAAAAAAAGUGAAACCAAAAGGUGCUUUGUGUUGAUUGCAUUUCUGACCCUAUGCAGGAAAAUAAUUUGUAUUGCAUGAAAAAGCUUUAAAUCUUUUGUAUUUUGGAAACAUUGCACUCUAACAAAAUAAAAUUGUCAAAUCAUA